UUCUGGGCUGACUAUCACAACACACACACAUAUAUAUAUUAAGUCUUCCAGUUACGAACUAUGUAAGUAAGCUAGAGUAUAACAAACACUAAAAAAGAUUCAGUAACGAUGAAACCUGAAUCAGAAAGAGGAGGAUCUUCUUCUUCAUCUAUGAAUGAGCCAAAGUAUAGAGGUGUGAGAUUGAGAAAAUGGGGGAAAUGGGUGUCCGAGAUCAGGAUGCCCAACAGCCGAGAGAGGAUCUGGUUAGGCUCAUACGACUCACCCGAGCAAGCGGCUCGAGCUUUCGAUGCGGCUGCUUUCUGUCUUCGUGGGCAUGCUGCCAAGUUCAACUUCCCUGACCAACCACCCAACAUUCCUGGUGCAACUACUCUUUCUUCAUCCGAGAUACAAGCUGCUGCGGCUCGCCAUGCUUACUCGGUUCCUGAUGCGGUCACGCCCAUGGAGAUGCACUCGCAGCCCUCAUCGUCUUCGGCUGUCUUACAAUAUGACAAUAAUAAUAUUAAUAAUGUGAUGGAUUAUGGCAUAUUUCCAGGGUUUGAUGACUAUUUCAUGCAGCCACCACCUAUGGUGCCUCAGUUUCCAGAUUACAAUGAGGAUACAAGCGAUGAUGGGGAUAUCUCGCAAGGCCCAUCAUUCCUCUGGAACUAUUAAUCAGUUCAGUCGUACCAUGA